GCUUUUCCGGGUGUUUCAAACUCAUUAAAAUGGUUGACUUCGCGAAGGAGGAAGAGUUUGGCGUUGUCGAGUUGAUUUUGUUUGAAACCUCUUAUAGGUAACGACCGAUGGGCCGGCGGGGUUUUUGGAUUUGAGGGAGCUAGUCCGUUGUAUGAUAUCCUCCUUCUUUUUGAGGACAGGAUGUCUGAAGUUUUGCUGAAUGAUUCAACUGUGAAACAAGAGUAUUUCGAAGAUGAAGAAAACUUGCUGAAAACGGAUGUAUUUGACUCAGUACCUGAGACAUUGUCAGGUGAACUAGCUGAGAUUGGAUUUGACAAUGGAUGUCCGGGUGUUGUUGGUCGUGAUCCUUAUGGCGAUCUAUUUUUAAUGGAUCCUAAUGAUUUGUUAGGAGUCAGGGAGGAAGUGAUUGGAAAUGACGCAAGUAACAGCCCGGAAAGUGUGCCAGUAUGUGAUCCCACAGUAGUAACUGCAGAUGAAUCAAAUGACACUGCGAAUGAACGCGUUAAUCAACGGCGAAAGAAAACGAAGAAUCGCCAUGCCUCUUUAUCCAAACUAGAUAUUGACAAUCGCGAUCCUUCGGACUUAGAUGACAGCAGUCAAGGUACUGGAUGCUCACGGACAAAACUAUCACAUACCUACUCACCAAUCAAACUUGAUUCUGACACAGUUUUGAACAAUGUGCCUUGUGUUGUAUAUAGCAAUUCGUCUAGUGGGAAAGGAUUUGUGAUGAAUCGCAGGUACUCAACAUCAAUGGGUCACAAGCAAAUUCAUGUUUGGCAUGGACAACCCCGUUAUAGGCGUCAUUUAACCCUCGGCAAUGGUUCUAAUAUUUCAACACGAUAUCUUCCUCAAACUUAUCGUUUGGAUAGUUCCCAAUCAACUCAGGGGCAUUCGCGAAUAACUUUCAGACGUUUUCCACAAUCUGUUGUCCAACCUUCUAAUGUGGAUGAUUCUGAAACAUUGUUUGUUGCAGGUCCUCGAAUUAAUAUUGCUAGCGCUAAGCAUGAUACAUUUCCACCUAGUGGAUCAGUUUUUACCGUCCUCAGCUCAAAUGCGAAACAUCAAACAGUCACCUGCCAAACAAACCAACUACCGACCAUUGCUCCUGCCCCGGGAAGUUUAGAAUCUGCAGGAUCUAACGAAAUCAAUCCUGGUAUUUACACUUCUAAUUCUGGCAACAUGCUCCGUACCGUUCCCUGUCCGCAUAAGGGUUGUGGCAAGCUUUUCCGUGAUAACUCCGCAAUGCGCAAACACUUACACACGCAUGGUCCACGAGUACAUGUUUGCGCUGAAUGUGGAAAAGCAUUUGUAGAAUCUAGCAAACUGAAAAGGCACCAAUUGGUUCAUACGGGUGAAAAGCCCUUUCAAUGCAAUUUUGAGGGUUGCGGUAAGCGCUUUUCCUUGGACUUUAAUCUGCGAACACACGUACGUAUUCAUACCGGUGAUCGCCCUUAUAUAUGUCCAUUUGAAAAUUGUCAUAAACGGUUCGCUCAAUCGACGAAUUUAAAAUCUCAUAUCAUGACUCAUGCCAAAGUUAGAUAUCGUGGCCCACGUAACUCUACAACUUCACAAACUCCUGGAUACUUCUCCGAACUUGAAGAAAUACCGAUUUCUCAGCAGUCGUCAGGUCUAGAAAAUACUAGUGAGUCUAAUAAAACUUAUCAUGCUUCCGAAAUUGAUAGCAGUCACAAUAUGCAAAUUAAAAAACACAUCUGCAUACAUGGUAGCGUCAUCAAACUCAACCAACUUAAAACCAACUUACAUAAAGCCUUCCCGUGUUUACACUCGUCCAACACCUAUGUCACAAUAUGCUGUUCCUGAAUCACCGCCUCCACUUGCACUUGAUGAAACCACUCUAUCCGCCGGUUCUAAAUGCGAAAACCGAAGUGAUCCUUUUAUUAUAAUACCAAAAUAUAUUCAGGGUCAGCGGAAACGUCAGAAGACCCUCACUAAUCCUAGUGAAGAUGGUAACGACGAAGUAAAUGAGGACGACGAUGAAGGGGUGGUAGAAGAAGAUUGUUUCAUAAAACAGGAUUUUGAUCGUGGCUUUAUUUUAUCAGAAUCAACUAUGGGUCCUGAGUUUUUCGUUGAUUCCGGUCAAGAUGAUCGUGAGAUGAUUUGGCAGACUAACGACUAUUCAUCUUUAGAUCGUUUACAUUUGUCUAAUUCAUUUACAAACUUGAGUCACCAGCCGAUUAUUAUGUGCACUCGAGAUCAGCGUCGUAGGGUAAUUCAUCAAAGUACUGCUCUACCGGAUUAUAUAUUAUGUCGUCAACAAACAAUUCCUAUCUUAAGAUUACCUACUCCUACGCGUACUGUUGUUUCUAUUGGACGACCGCAGCAACCAUCCUGAUCUUUGUCUUUUACUCUUGAACUUUUUUUCAGUCGGUUUUAUUGAGUGCUUUCUUUUGAUUAUCUCAUUCUUUUCUGUUUUACCUAAUAUAGUAAUUUUAAAGUAUUUUACCUGACGGAAUCUAUUUGUAUGCAAUGGACCCUUGAAAUUUCUUUAAUUUUUAAUUAUUUCACCAAUUGUUUCAUGUCGCUUUUAUGUUCUGUAAAUUAAUGGUUUUCUUAUUCACAAAAAAAUAAGAUUAUUUGAGUCCUCAUCUCUUAUUUCCUUUAUCUCUAAUUUGUGCCUUCGGCAUAACUUUGUAUAGAUAAAGAUUGUUGCACACGAUCUCAACGCACAGUUGUCUAAAUAUAUGGCACUAAUAAUAUACUGUCUUAUUGUUAACUAAGCCUUCCUUUUUUACCACACAUACUGGUGAAUUCAUACACCUGUUUUAAACCUGAUCCCUAUAUGUUACACAGCGAGUUAAAUCGUGUGGAGCUGUCGUACAUAAUAUAGUUAGUUCAAAGUAUUUAACCUGAUUAGAUCUAUUUGUAUGCAGUGGACUGUUGGAAAUAAUUAUUUGUUCAUACCUUCUUGCCUUCUAUAAAACUGUACAACAAGUACGUGUGUGGUUAGAAUGUCAGAAAUGUGUUGCGCAAAUGCAUUACACGUUUCAGAUAAACUGCGUCUUGUUGUGCUGUCGAAAUAUUUAUUUUUUAAAUAUUUUAACUAUUGUUUUAUGCCGCUUUUAUGUACUGUAAAUUAAUGGUUUUCUUAUUCACAGUAUCCUGAAUGCAUGGCAGUAAUGUGCUGUUGACUAAGCUUUCUUCUUUUUUACCACGCCUACUGGUGAAUUCAUACACCUAUUUGAAACCUGAUCCCUUUAUGUACCACAGCGAGUUAAAUUGUGUGGUGCUUCAAGGAAAUUACGUUUGUUUUUUCCCAUAAUAUACGUGAAGUUGUUUUUGUGUACAGACUUUUGAAUAAUCUGUGAUUUUUAGGAUCCUAGUUUAUUGAUAUGAGCUUUUGUUCCCAUCAGACAUUAUUUUCACUUUGCAGUAAUAUACAAUACAUGUUAUGUAGACUACUUCAUUCCUGAAUUGUUAUUAAAACUAAACAUUUUGGAUUUUCUUACAAUUUUCUUGCAUUCAAUGAGUUAUCAUUUUACUGUUUCCUGUGUAUCAUGGGUCCUCUAAAUGUGUUUCAAUGCUUCAAAAAAAUUUAUUUUCAACUCACUGUAUUUUUUAUUCAAUGUUUUGCACUGUUAAUUUAACAUGACCAUGUACAGUCAAAACAUAGUUAAUAUUGUUGUUAACUUUUAUACCUGUCUCCCGUGAUAACAAAUGAGUGUUGCAGUUACAGUUGUUUAUUAUGUUACUUCAAUGUAUACCAUUGUAAUGUACUGGAUAAUUGUAAACGAUAGUUUAAAAAAGUAACGCUGUGUGUAUGCUUUUACUCUAAGGGUGAUACGACAAGUUCAGUAAGACAGUUGAAAGAGUGAGUUAGGUGGGAGAGACUAUCAUACUUUGUACUUGGUACCACACUGUUAUAAUAAAUAAUAUAGACCUACAUGUGUAGGAUGAGUCUGGUAUGUAUGUGUGACAUUUUCAAGGAAACUUAUGGAAUUUGCAGUACAUGAUUACAUAACUUGAAAUAGUAAGG